AUGUAGACUAAACAUUAAAAUAUAGUUCAAUUAAUUAUUUGUGAUUUUUUUUGGUAUAUUUACAGAUUAAAGGUUAAGUUUUAUAAAAAACAUUACUAUUAAUUAAAUUAAUAUAGAAUACUAAAAUCACAUUUAUAAAUACUUACUUGCCUAAUCAUCUACUCUAAAAAUACUCAAAAAUAAAAUCAUUAUAUAACACUUAGUGCAAAAUUCAUAGCGCUUUAAAGAUUUAGUAUUAUUUUUGAAAAAUAGCUGAUUGUACUUGAAGUUAUUUGGUAAAAACACAAAGCAUUUGACUGCAUUUAAAUAGUUUUAGUAAGUGAUUAAUUAAGUAAAUGCCAUCAAUAGAUGAUGAUAAUAACCACUUCCCUCUUAUAAUUUUGGUAACAGGAAGUAAGCUUUGCGACAAAAAUGAUCGUUUGCAUCUGUUUUAGUGAUAUUCUUUUCACGUUGGGAAUUAUUUGUAAUCAAAAAUAUAUCGAUAUUGUUUCUAAUAGAUUUAUUUGCAACCUAUCUGCAUUUUUAACUCUAUUUGGUUCUCUUUCUUCUCUUUCAUGGGGAAGCAUAAUCGCAUAUACUGUUUACAUUAACACAGUUAAUCCUGGAAGCAAGACAGUUCUAUAAAAAACAAAAAGAAUGGUGAAAAAAUAUGCACUAAUCUUUUCGUAUAUAAUACCUUUCUUAUUUGCUGUUGUACCGUUAUUUUUUGAGGAUUACAGAAAUAUAGGAGAUAUCUGUUUUAUUACUUUAGAAACGACUUCUGGAUACUUUUCAAAUAUUGCUUUAGAUCUACUCCCUUUAUUAAUCGAGAUAGUAAUAAUAUUCUUUUAUAUAUUUAAAUCUAUCUAAGCUUAACAAAAAGAAUAUUAAUAAUCCUCUAAAUAUCUUUUGGUUUACCCUAUGAUUUGUGUAAUUGCAUUUGGCAGCUUCUUUUGCUAAAAGAGCUAUGAGCUUAUAACUGGACUUAGCUGUGGGUGUGAUUAUGACUGGCAUUCAAUUUCUUUUAUACUUUGUGCGCUCAACGGAGGACUGAACGCUCUUUGCUAUGGACUAAAUUCAAGCAUAUGCUUUCCUUUGUUUAAUGUGAUGACCUGCUGCUGCAAAUAAAGGUCAGAUAGCAGCAAUACCAAUUAAUAUACAAUUUAAACUUCCCUAAGGGCCGAUAGCGGUGGUCAUAUGGAUUCUAACUAAUUCUCAACUCCUACAGAUUCCAAAGACAAUAAUUACAUGUUUUAUAUGAAACAUGAAAUCAUGUCUUAGCAUAUCAAUAGCGGCUAAUGA